AUGUCUGUAUCUGUCAACGAGAUCAACUACCUGAUAUGGAGAUACCUUCAGGAGUCGGGUCUCGAGGUGUCUGCCUAUGCGUUGGAGGACGAAACCACUAUCAACCAGCUGGACUCCGUGUAUUCUCCGCACGUGCCGCUCGGAUGCCUAGUGGACUUGGUGCAGAAGGGGAUCUUGUACUCGAAAAUGACGGAUUUGGUGUCGGCAGUGAAAACGGACACCAUUAUGCAAGAUGACAUCAUCAAUCUAAAUUUCAAUUUCUUCACGGCCUUGCAUGAAAUAAACACCAAGGAGCCAACGGAGGAUAGGAAAAUACUGAGUUUGGAGGAAUUGAAUGGCUCCAAACAGACCCGGGAGAGGUCCUCGGAAGAGGAGGAGACCAAAGUGAAACAAGAAGACGGCCAGCAACAAGAACAAGCGCAAGAUGGGGAAAAAUCUGGAUUUAUCCAGGUAGUGAAAGGGUUGAUGAAUUACGACUCCUCAUACUCCGUCUCUUUUUCGCCUAACAACCCUGAGCUUAUUGCGUGGUCACAAAGAGACAAUCAGUCAGUGAUAUAUUCGUUCAACUCCAACUCUGAGACCAAGUUGUCCUUACCUUUAGCGUGUAAGGAGACGCUUAUAGUGUCCUGGUCUCCGAAAGGCUCUUCUUUGAUAACUGCUUCCGAAAAUGGCGAGCUGCGUCUCUGGUCUAUUGAGGGCACACUGCUGAGCACGCUGGCCAUGCAUCAUUGGCCAAUUGUGUCAUUACGUUGGUCGCCUAGCGGAAGGUACCUUCUGUCUUUAGACAUCAGGAAUGUGGCAGUGGUAUGGGAUAUAACCUCAAGUUUGGUGGUAGCGCAUUUGGAUAAAGAGAGCUGGUCACAUGCAGACAAAAGUUUCAACGACCUCAUUUCUAAAGAUUCAGCCAAUAACGAAUCCUCGUCGACUGGCAGCCCGCUUUACAAAAACUACGGCACUGACACAUGUUGGCUAGAUGAUAAUAAAUUUGUCAUUCCAGGACCUAAAUAUACAUUACUCGUAUGCCAAGUGACUAGUGAUAAUAGCAACAGUAUCAUAGGGGUAUUGACUGGACACGAAGAAUCGAUUUGCUGCGUCAAGUAUGAUCCUAAAUUACGACUCUUGUGCUCCGCCAGCGAAGAUGGCGUGAUUAGAAUAUGGAAGGGGAACUCAACCAAUAGUUUGCAAAUCCUAAGAGGCCAUGCCUUAGCCGUUUCUAUGCUAGAAUGGAUCACUAUUUCUAACAGAUGGUUUUUACUAAGCACUGCGUUGGAUGGAACUAUGAGGAUAUGGGACUUUGUCCAAAAUGAAACAAUAGACUUGGUGAGUGUUGACCAAGGUCAAGCUAUUCUUUGCGCCUCCUUUUAUCAAGGAGAGGACGAUACGAGGAAAAAGAUUGUAACAGGGGAUUCCUCCGGAUCGGUUUGUAUUUGGUGCAUCGAAGGUGACAGCAAAAGCAAUAUCAAAAUACGACAGGUCGGAUUAUACCAACAUUUUGAGGAAACUAAUGAAGAACCUCAAGAGUCCGGGUUUGUGUCCGAAAUAAGUUGGAGUAGCGAUGGCUCUAAAGUGGCCGUUAGUUUCAGUGUGGGGAAAAGUGUCGUGAUCGGUAUACCAUAAAAUUCUGUAUAUGCUUUUUUUUCAUUCAGUUCUUUUAC